AUGCACGACAUUCGGGGGGAAGAACGCAUGUUGGGAUUGAGACCGGGCUCUGACUGGAAUGACCAGAUCGAAGAGGCUGGCUCAUUGAUCUUCCACGUGUCUGGUACUGUCCAGGAGAUGUUGGAUGCAGGAGGCCGCCCGUUGCUCCCCAACGUUUCUGCUGUGGAACAAAUCAGGGGGUGGGUAGAGAGAAGAGAGACGGCCAUGAACUAUGAUCUCUGGGAAGAACGAGACGGGGAAACUGGAGCUGUCACUGUUGACGAGCAUGCCAAGAACAGUAAGCCCUUGGUCUUUUGGCUUGGCCUGCCGCUGCAUGAGGGAUAUAAGCCAACAAACAGCUCCCAGGGUCAGAAUAAUAAGAAUCUGCGUGACAAUCUAGAAACAGUCGACAAGCCAAGUAUGAGUGCGCUUUUGGAAACAUCGCUGGGCGACAUCGUGAUCGACCUGUUGGUCGACGAGUCGCCCAAGGCGUGUGAGAACUUCUUGAAGUUGUGCAAGCUCAAGUACUAUAAUUUCUCGCCAAUCCACAGCGUCCAGAAGAACUUUACCUUCCAAACUGGCGACCCGCUUGGUCCUGAUGCCCCCGAGAGCGAUGGAGGGUCUUCGAUAUGGGGUCUGCUGGACGGACCGUCGAAGCGCACGUUUCCGAUCGAGGUACCGCGCAAACUGAAGCACACCGAGCGGGGCACAGUGAGCAUGGCGACAGUCCCCGCGACCAAUGACCCUGAACAGCGACUGGCGGCAAGUCAAUUUAUCGUCACACUGGGAGAUAAUCUGGAUUAUUUGGAUGGGAAGGCAGCGAUCUUCGGCAAGGUCGUCGAGGGCUUCGAUGUCCUGGAGAAGAUCAAUGACGCUUUUAUCGACGACCGAGGUCGACCGCUGAAGGAUAUUCGCAUUCGUCACACCACAGUCUUAGACGAUCCCUUUGACGACCCGCCGAAGUUAGUAGAGCCGCCCGAGAGCCCAGUGCCCUCCAAAGCGCAACUGGCCACUGUUCGAAUCGCAGAUGAUGAGGAACUGGAUGAUGAUAUGGAUGAAGAUGCGAUGGAGAAGCUGCGCCGUGAGCGCGAGGCUCGCGCGCAGGCAUUGACCCUGGAGAUGGUGGGAGAUCUGCCUUUUGCCGAUGUUAAGCCGCCCGAGAACAUUCUCUUCGUCUGCAAGCUCAAUCCAGUCACACAAGAUGAGGACCUGAACCUAAUUUUCAGUCGCUUCGGAACGAUUUUGUCUUGCGAGGUUAUUCGGGAUAAGCGCACCGGCGACAGUCUACAAUAUGCAUUCAUUGAAUUUGAGGACCAGAAGGACUGUGAACAGGCCUAUUUCAAAAUGCAGGGUGUCCUGAUUGAUGACCACCGGAUCCACGUUGAUUUCUCACAGAGUGUGUCCAAGCUGUCCGAGAGCUGGCGCAACGCCACCGUCACCAAGCGGCGACAGAGAGGCGGAUUCGGUGGCGUGGCAGAUCUUGAGGCGAAACGCCAAUACCGAGAGUUCGACGACACCCCUCGAGAUGAAGAUGAUGCGCGAUACAGGAUGGUCUUUGACAAGCGCAAUAAGGCCAAUCCGCCUGAUACUCCCCGGGAUACCAACCCACGCGAUUCCCGUCGAGACCAGCGAGGUAGUCGCAGCCCUCGUGGACGAGAUCGAGAUCAGGAUCGAUACCGUCGUCGGUCCUACAGUCGCAGUCCACGGAGGGACAGAGACAAAGACUCGCGAAAGAACCGAGACCGGGAACGAGGUCGUUACGAUGAUCGCUAUCGCCGACGACGAGACUAG